CUUCACUUCAACAUUGUGCCUUAAUUUUAGCCAAUCGGUGAUAGACCCCUUCAUAACUAAUAAUCCCUUGCAAUUCGAUACGAUACGUAUUCAAACUUUCACGCCGAAACAGCAGCAUGAAGGACGCAGCGGCGGCGCUCUUUGCGCGGAUCGCCAACCUCUUCGUCGCCAACUUCACCGUGACAUUCCAGAACGAACUACGCUUUAUGUCGGAGAUGACGGGGUCCGUUGCCGCCCAAGCCAUGCGAGCCGACAAUGUGCCCGUGCAGACGAUCGUCCGACAUGCAUCUACCGCGCUCUCUCGAUUGUAAUGUCCCUUUAUUACGCAUACUUCAUUCUUCAGGUGCUUGUUUCCUGCACUUUCCACGUGAGCAACUGGGUGUGAACUGCAUGAUUCUCCAGCGCGCGGUCGACCUU